AUAGCGAAAGGCGAGGUGGAGAGAGACAGAGAUUGAGGGUUGAAGUGAUUACCGUGGCGAGUGAUCGGACGACAGAAAUAGAGGCUGCUAGAUUUGUCACCUCCAGUGUGCCACACCUCGGCUGCACCGUCUCAACACUCCAUCCUCACCGCAGCAGCUUCCACACACAGGACUAUACCGAUCCGUCAAUUCAUUUGGAAGGAGCAGCUUCACACCUCAGCUGGUUUAUGGAGAUUAAAUCCACGGAUGUGUGAAAAAGGACAAAGUGCACAUGGGACUGUCUUUUGUUUUUCCUGCAGUGGAGGAGUAAUGCCUGAGUGCACACUGAAAAAGAAAAACAGGAUGAAUUAAUGCCUACAGCUGGCCACAGGAAUGCAUCACUAAAUCCUAUUUCCAUAAAGAUAAGCUCCUGUGGUUUUACCGACUGGUCAUUCAGUCAGUGAAUGCAGCUCUGUUAUCACUGAUUGAAACGUGGAACUCAUUGUCAGGCCAUGUUUAAGGACAGCUGACUCAAUGAGGAGGACAAUGAAGGUGGGAGUAUUGGAGCAUCCUCAGUUGAAUGAUUUUGAAAAUUAUGCUCAGAGACAGCGGCGUGUCUGAGAUGAUGCAGUGAUAUGCAGAAUUCUGUUCUCCUAAUGACAGCACAAACGUCGAAGCAGGCCGACUGACUGACUGACUGACUGACCGACUGACUGAUUGAAGGAGUGAGCGGGCUGCUGAAGCUGUGACUAUCUGAGGACUCUGAGGACACAUAGCCGCAGGCUGAAACCGGUUGAGUGUAUGAGCUCGAUCAUGGGGGAGACGGCAGAGUACCAGAGGCUGCAGGACACGUCAGAGUCUGAUUACCAACGCCUGCCCAGCGAUGAUGAAGAGAAACUGGGCAGUAGCAUGCAGAGUGAGGAAGGCACAGAAUGGCUGCUGGAGCUGCUGAUGGAGGUGCAGCUGCAGCAGUACUUCCUGCGGAUCCGAGAUGACCUUAACGUCACGCGGCUGUCUCACUUUGACUACGUCAAGAACGAAGACCUGGAGAAGAUCGGCAUGGGACGACCUGGGCAGAGACGUCUGUGGGAGGCUGUGAAACGGAGGAAAGCCAUGUGCAAGCGCAAGUCCUGGAUGAGCAAGGUGUUCAGCGGUAAACGCCCAGACGGGGGAGACUUCCCCCAGCAGGGGCAGCCGGCCUCCUCCUUUCGUAAACUGUCUCCAACGCCUCCUCUGGGCCUGGAGGAGGGAGUCCUGUCCACUCAGCCUGGUGGUGGAGCUCCUCUUGAUGGGCAGCAGCAGGCUCUGACCUGCCUCAUCCCUGAGAAAGAUCUGACACUGUUUGAGAAGCUCGGGGAUGGAUCCUUUGGUGUAGUGAAGAGGGGGGAGUGGCUAACACCUGCAGGGAAGGUGCUGAAUGUAGCUGUGAAGUGUUUGAAGACGGACGUGCUCAGCCAGCCCGACGCUCUGGAGGACUUUAUCUGUGAGGUCAACGCCAUGCACUCCCUGGACCACCAGAACCUCAUUCGCCUCUACGGUGUGGUGCUCACACACCCUAUGAAGAUGGUGACCGAGUUGGCUCCUCUGGGUUCUCUACUGGAGCGUCUGCGAUGUGUCCGUCCGCAGGGUCCAGUGUUGAUCCACACUCUGUGUCAGUACGCUGUGCAGGUGGCCUGUGGCAUGGCCUACCUGGAGCAGAGGAGGUUCAUCCAUAGAGACCUUGCAGCUAGGAACAUCCUGCUGGCCUCUGCUCACAGGGUGAAGAUCGGUGACUUUGGCCUGAUGAGGGCGCUGCCUAACAACCACGAACACUACGUCAUGCAGGAGCAUCGAAAGGUCCCCUUUGCGUGGUGUGCUCCAGAGAGUCUGAAGACCAGAACGUUCUCCCACGCUACAGACACGUGGAUGUUUGGAGUCACUCUCUGGGAGAUGUUCACUCAUGGCCAGGAGCCGUGGCUGGGCCUCAAUGGGAGCCAGAUCUUGCACAAGAUUGAUAAAGAAGGUGAGCGUCUCCCUAAGCCUGAAGACUGUCCACAGGAGAUCUAUAACGUCAUGCUGCAGUGCUGGGCUCAGAAAUCAGAUGACAGACCAACGUUUGUUGCCCUGCGGGAGUUCCUGCUGGAGACCAUGCCCACAGACAUGUGUGCUCUGCAGGACUUUGAUGAGUCUGACAAACUCCACAUCCAGAUCAAUGAUGUCAUCACUAUCAUCGAGGGAAGCGCAGAGAACUUCUGGUGGCGAGGUCAAAACAAGCGGACCCUGAAGCUGGGACAGUUCCCCAGAAACGUGGUGACAUCAGUUGCAGGUUUGUCGGCUCAUGACAUCAGCAGGCCACUGAAGAACAGCUUCAUACACACGGGACAUGGAGACUCUAACCCUCACCGCUGCUGGGGCUUCCCUGACAGGAUUGACGAUCUGUACCUCGGGAACCCCAUGGACCCUCCAGAUGUCCUUACUGUCGACCUCAAUGCUGCUCGGCCCACGCAGCUCCCAGGACGAGCUAGAAAGCCUUGCUAUGAUCCAGUAAAUGAUGAUGAGGAUCUGUCUUCAGCGGGACUAAAGAGAUUAUCACUUCGGAAAACGGGUUCUGUCAAAGGCUUAAAACUCAAACCUGCUGCGUGGGUGUCUGCCUCUAAACAGGGGGGAGGUCGGACUUCAGGCUUGGGCUACAACCACAGUGAGGUGUCUCUCAUUGACUUUGGGGAAGAGUUCCCCCCACCCACACCCUCCCCCUCCCCCUCCCCUGUUGUUGAAGUUCAGAUUCCCUCCCUUGCUCGGCUUGUUUUAGAAGCGGAGAACCUCCUGGACCGAACUCCGCCUCAGAGUCCGUCGAGAACUCUCCCCCGCCCCCUUCACCCUACGCCAGUGGUAGACUGGGAUGCCCGACCUUUACCCCCACCCCCAGCAUAUGACGAUGUAGCUCAAGACGAAGACGACAUGGAGGUGAGCUCCAUCAACAGCACAGAGCCGCAGCAUGAAGGGGAGCAGAGUGAUGAGGCUCUUUCUGCUGCUCAGAAGGUGGAGGGUGAGGUUUUGGGCUCUAAGGGUUCAGACAAACCAGGACUAGAGGACAACCUCUUCCUCCCCAGCAAACAGAGCCAGAACAUAUCCACCUCCUUCUCCCAGUCUGCAGAGAUCUUCCAAGAGCUGCAGCAGGAGUGCAUGAGGAGGCUCAAUGUACCCACGGGAAGUGCAGCGCCGUCCCAGACCUCAGUCUCCUGCCCUGAAACUCCACAGACUGAGGAAGGACCCCAGCAGUGUGUCCUUUCCCCAAGUGAGGACAGACCUCAGAUCCCCCCUCGUGUCCCCAUCCCUCCUCGUCCCAUAAAAAGAGGCGACUACUCCUCUUCUCGCUGGUCGAGGGAUCUUUCUCUGUCGCCGACGCCAGCUGACAUGACGGACGAAGUUUCAGGACAGGACCGACCACCUCAGAUCCCGCCAAGAGACCCUCUGUCCCAGCCGGGUUCUAGGACUCCCAGCCCCAUGACCCUGGUGGUGGGGUCCCCCCAGCAGAGAGUUUACUCAGUCAGCCCCACCACCUCCUCCUGCUCCUCCACACACACCUACGGCUCCUACCUCUCCUCCUCUCCGGGUAAACUCAUGCCGACCACACACAGCUUCGCCUCAGAUCCUAAAUAUGCUGCACCCAAAGUAAUCCAGGCCCAGGCGCAGGGGAAGGACGCCUCGAGUAAAGGCCCCUGUAUCCUCCCUAUCGUACGAGAUGGACGUAAAGUCAGUAACACACACUAUUACCUUCUACCAGAGAGACCCCCAUACCUCGACCGCUACGACCGCUUCUUCAGGGAGGCGGAGAGUCUGCCCUCCAGCGCUUUGGAGGAACGGCACGUACGGCAAGCUAACAUGGCCACAGUCCGACCUAUGGUGGUCAACAGCCAGACCUUACAGGGACACACCCAGGGGCAAGGACUCGCCCAGGCCGGCGAUCUGAAGGCUAACUUCUCCUCUAACAAUAACAGCAGUCUGGGGGGGCCUCGGUCAGGGAUGAAGACAUCAGUUAGUCUCCCUCGUGUCUGCUCAGAAGGCCUGACAGCACCCGUGGUUCCUGCUUCCUGCACCAGGACAGAGGGAGGGGUGAACUCAGCUGACAGGGUCAAAAUGGUGCAGGAGGCAGUUCAUGGUGUGACAUUAGAGGAGUGCCAGGCCGCCCUCCAGAACCACAACUGGAACAUCCAGAAAGCUGUUCAUUAUCUCAAGGUGGAGCAGUUGUUCUGUUUGGGUCUGAGGAGCAGGUCAGAGUGUCUAAAGCUGCUGGAGAUGUGUGACUGGAACCUGGAGGUGGCCAGCACACAGAUGUUAGAUAACUAUGGAUCCACAAACAGACCGAGACGGUGACAGAGAUGACAAGCUGCUGAGCUCUGAUUGGAACUUCAUCCUCAGUAAAACAUCAUCAAUGAAGGUGAAUCUACUCCUGACCCUCCUGUCCACACAUCCAAUCAGAGGACUGUUUGAGAAUCUGGCACAUCUUCACUGAACUAGCACAAAUACCAAACUCCAUUACGGCUCCUUCAUAUUUAACAUGGACAGAGGAAUCCAGCCUGCAGGCAAAGAAGGACUAUGGGUCAUAUUUUUGACUCUUGGUCUGAGAGAUAGGUGAUUGUUGCACUUAGUAGGAAUUUUCAGGCUUCCAUUGACCACCUUUUUAAAAAGUUUUUCAAAGGAAGAAAUUUGGCUCCACUUGUGAGUUUGAUUUCAUUUGAUGAGCCUGAUUGAUGUCAUUGGAACAGUGCCACACGUCUUGGGGUGCUGACAUGCUGCAUCCGGCGCUCUUUCUGGUGUCCUCACUUGCACAGUUCCACUGUUGACCAACUGCAGAGAGAUCAUUUCAUCUUUUCGUUCACAAACUACAGAGAAAAGUUUAAAGAGAAUCUGAAGACUUUAAAAAGAGUGAAAAAGCACAAUAAGGACAGGUCUGCUCCCUAAUAAUGUCAGACUUUGUUGAAGUAAUUGGCACCAGAGCGUAGUUUGGGUGCGUGCAGGCAGACUGGUAUCUAUAAGAGGUAUCUUAGAGAAUGUGCUGAAAGUUCAUGAAAGUUUAACCUUGUUUGGGAUACUGCAGCACCACUUAAAAACAUUUGUUUUGGAGUUCAAUUGUACCCAACAUGAAAGCAGAACAAAAAACAAAGUUUAGAUCUAAUUGGUCGUCCAGGUCGUUCUGUUCAGGAUGUAAUUUGUUCUUUUUAUUUUUCCAAAGAGGGUUAGGUAUAUGAGAAUGGUGCUGAGUCGAGGGAAUAUUUGCAGAAGAAGUACUUCCCAGGAACUUUUCCACAUUAGCAGAAAAAGAAAAAAAUAUCACUCUUUGAAUAAUUUGUACCGCACUGUUUAAAGUUUGGCUGGAGUUGUUAGAUUUGUCGCAGUGCUGCAGGCUGUGUGUGCAGAGUAAAAGGUCAAACUGAAAAUAGAGGAUCAGAGAAGCAGUUUGUUUGAGAUUUACUUAUAUGAAGCCCUGAAAACGUUCUCAUUUUUAUUCAAGGGUUUGAGAAUCAUCCCGUCUCUAAAAAGACAUUUAUGUGUUUGAGAGCAAAGUCAUUAAAAGAGAUGUUUUAAUAUAUUGAUUUAUUUAUCACCAAACUUGCAGCUUGUGAAUUAGAGGGCCGCCCAUUCAGAGGAAACUUGUCACAGCACAGAUAUACUCCUUCUUUAUGCCUUCCCUCUGAACACUUUACCCACAGAUAACUUGUGUGUGUCAGCUUGAAAAGUCCUGCCAGCUUGGUAUUUUCUGAAUUAGCCCACACUUUUUUGGAAGCCAGAAACAGCAGUGCAGUAAAAUGUACCCCAAAGCACACUUCCUGUCCUCGUAAUCAUCACUUAGAACCACAAGUGUGAUAUUUUGGUCAGCAGCUCCAGGGGCGAUCGUUUGAAACUGUGAGGACAUGUCAGCUGUGGGUGAACUCACUGCUGGGUGUGACAAUACAUCUCCAGAGUGGGUACUGUCCCGGUGCAGCCCGCAGCUAUGAAGUGUUCAAAACUCAGAGAACAUAGAGAGCUCUUUUUCUGUCUCCAACUUUUGUACUUGUUUUUUUCUAGAUGCACUUAGUUUGUGAGGACCCUGCUCAUAAAACACUCAGUUAGGUCCAGGUAAUUCCAUAAAAAAGAUCACCCCUGUGUUGCUUCUCUCAACAGGAAAAAAGCACAUACCCCUCUUUACCAACUGGUGCCAAUCUAUUAACAUCAUAAUAUACGUUAAUGUUUAUAGACUCUGGCUUUGCUCCAAACCGACCGUCCCCUCCAUAUGUCUACAAAAAAAACACAGUAUGUGAUCAUUUGAGCGCAAUCUGUCCGGGCAAGAGCUUCAAAUGGCUUGUGGAAAAAAGCCAAUAUGGAACCACAACAAGCCUGCUAUCUGCCCGGGCAAAUUAGGUGGCUUUGAAUGCAUCAACUUUGAAAAAAGUGUUUGAGGUUUAUUUCUAAAGGAUUACAUGACUGGUUUUAGAUUAAGUUUUUUCUCCUGUGUGCAAUAAGGCUGCUGUAAAACCUGUAACCUCCCACUCUGUCCAUGCAUCAGUGCCAUCCUGUUGUGUAAAAACACCCCCAAUCUCUGUCAUGGUGUAUUUGUGUUGUUGAAUGCUCAGUAUGAAGUGUUUGGUGACUCCAUUUUCAUCCCUAACAGGAGAAAGAUGUCCGUAAACACUGAUCCGAUAGUCAGCUGUUGUGAAGCUGAUUGAAAACUGGUGUAUCAGGACAGCUUGAUGUGCGUCUGUUCAUGUGUUGUCUGUCUUUAAACGGAGCUGCUGUAGUUGUUUCAAAGGACUGAAGUGAACCUUGUGAUGUUAUGAUGAACCCAAAGCAACAUUUUCCUUUUGUGUUGUAAAAUCUUUGUUCAGUUCUGUUUUGUUGUCGUUUACCAUGUUUUUUCCUUUACGAACUCUGCUAUUUUAAGUCAUUCUCUUUAUUUUUGCUGUUUUUCCUUCAGUCCAUUUUGCCAUUAUGCCUCGUUUUUAUGUAUUUGCUCCCCAGAAUGUGUUUUUAUUUGAAAUGCCUGUACAGUAAAAGUUUGUCGUUUCUAUCCUCCUGGGUUGAUGGAAAUGUUCAAGAGAAGUUCAUGCUGCCGAAUUUAUAAAUGUAUUUUUUAUUAAAGAUUGAAUUAUUUUUUAC